UGAUUCCGGCAAGUUUUCUCUGUUCUUCGAAGUUGAAGCCGGAAGUGACAAAUUGACGAAGCAGCGAAGCUGUAUGACUGUCUCGCCCACGCCGCCCACCCAUAGCUAAGGUUCGAAUUUCCAAGAUUAGCCGUUUGCCCCGCACAUUAGUCAGCAAUAGUCAAUUCUCAACGGUUAAAAAUUGAGUUAUUUCAGUGUUUGUAUCGGAUUUGUCGGCCACGGGCAACUAAACAAGGAUUCGAUUGUCGGGUUAUAGUUUACUGUGUUAAGGGUUACCUGGUAGCUACCGUUUCUCCUUUCCUGUUCGCAGCGUUUUCCUCUGAUCUGACUUGCCGAUCUGGUUACAUUAUUUCUUCCAUGUGCGAACUCAAUGACACAGCUUCCUGAAUGUCUUGCCCACACUGCCCAGCCAUAGCAAAGGUUUGGAUUCUCAAGAGUAGCCGUUCGUGCCGCCCAAGAGUAGCUGUUGAGGAAUAAUGACACAGCUUCCUGAAUGUCUCGCCCACACUGCCCAGCCAUAGCAAAGGUUUGGAUUCUCAAGAGUAGCCGUUCGUGCCGCUCAUUAUUCCUCAACAGCUAAAAAUUGAGGUAUUAAAUAAUUUAAAUUUGAGCAUACGCAAAUUAGCAAAAUUAGGGAUUUAGGGUUCUAUAUAAACUGGUUCUAAAAAAAAAGGGUUCUAUAUAAACUGUGGUAAUCUGCAAUCACAAAUUCACAAGUUGUUCCAAUGCUAGUAUAGUUGUAUUGUCAAAUUUGUUGGCAACCGGGCAACAGACUGUCGGCAGAAAAAUUGGGAAUCUGGCUUUGAGCUCCCUGAGGAAGAGGAGUGUGGAGGAAUUUCACAAUGGGAGGCUUUGAGGGUGGUGAAUGGAGUUGUUGACUGGCAGAAUUUCAUUCUCAAUGCAAUUUCCCAGCUCACAAGGGUGCUGACUUUCUUGCAUGUGAGGUUGCUUUUACUUUCUUCAAUGGACAGAUUUGUGUUUAAAAACAGGCGCGCAAUCAAACUAGAAUACUCUGUUUAUUCCAUUCCAUCAUACCUCAAAAGACAAACAGCUGCUUUGUGUUUAUACAUGUAUACAAGAAUACACACAUAUGAAUUUCACAAAGCUGGGUGCUUCUUCAGCAAUCAAAUCCACCGUUUCCCCGAAACCUGUCGCGACAGCCACCAUAAACCUCUCAAUUUUGGAGUCUCUUCUUCUUCACUGCCAGAACCUCAAGCAUUUCUGGCAGAUUUUUUCACAGAUGAUAUCCACUGGCUUCAUCAAAGACACAUAUGCGGCAAGCAGAGUUCUCAAGUUUUGCACUGAUUCCCCCUUCAUUGGCAUCAACUGCACUGAAAACAUAUUCACUCAGAUCGAAAACCCGAAUGUGUUUUCUGUAAACACCAUGAUGAGAGCUUACCUGCAGCAAAGCAUGCCCCAAAAUUCCAUCGUUUUGUAUAAAUCGACGUUGAGGGAAACUCUAUGUGUGGACAAUUAUACGCUCCCAAUUCUUUUUCAAGCUGCCACGCUCCGGUGCUCAUUGCUUGAGGGCGGAGAGUUGCAUAGUCAUGUUGUGAAAAUGGGUUUUGGAUCAGAUGUUUAUGUUCGGAAUACUUUGAUUAACAUGUACGCUGUGUGUGGAAAUAUGGGUGAUGCGAGGAAGGUGUUUGAUGAAAGUCCUGUGCGGGACUUGGUUUCCUGGAACUCGAUCUUGGCAGGGUAUGUUCAGGCAGGGAAUGUUGAAGAAUCAAUGAUGAUAUAUGAUCAGAUGCCUAGGAGGAAUGUGAUUGCCUCGAAUUCUAUGAUUGUGUUAUUGGGUAGGUGCAGUAGGGUGGCGGAGGCUUGCCGUUUGUUUCAUGAAAUGGAUGACAAGGAUUUGGUUUCGUGGACCGCUUUAAUUUCUUGCUAUGAGCAAAAUGGGUUUUAUGAAGAGGCUUUGGAUUUGUUUGUUCAAAUGUCUGCCAAGGGGAUUGCUAUGGAUGAGGUUGUGAUGGUUAGUGUGUUCUCAGCUUGUGCAAAUUUAUUGGUUCUAGAGACUGGAAAAUUGGUUCAUGGGUUGGUUAUUAAAAUUGGUUUUGAAUCUUAUGUCAACCUUCAAAAUGCUUUAAUUCAUAUGUAUUCCAGCUGUGGAGAUGUAACUGCUGCACAAAAUAUGUUUGAUACAAGUAGGAAUCUGGACCAGAUUUCUUGGAAUUCAAUCAUCUCUGCCUAUGUGAAAUGCGGUUCAGUGGAAAAAGCCCGGGUGUUAUUUGAUUCCAUGCUUGAGAAGGAUUGUGUCUCGUGGACCACGAUGAUUUCUGGCUAUGCCCAACAUGACCAGUUCUCUGAGACUUUAGCUUUAUUUCAAGAAAUGCUGCACAUUGGCAUUAAGCCUGAUGAGACGACUUUAGUUAGUGUGGUUUCGGCUUGUACUCGCCUUGCAGCCCUUGAACAAGGCAAAUGGAUUCAUGCAUAUAUAAGGAAGAAUGGGCUUAAGGUUAAUAUCAUUCUAGGUACCACUCUUAUUGACAUGUACAUGAAAUGUGGCUACACAGAGAAUGCAAUGGAGGUCUUCCAUGGAAUGGAAGAAAGAGGAGUUUCUUCUUGGAAUGCUUUAAUUCUAGGGUUGGCCAUGAAUGGGCAGGUACAAAGAUCACUUGAAACAUUUGAAGAAAUGAAGAAAUGCGGAGUGACUCCAAAUGAGGUAACCUUUGUGGCAGUUCUUGGUGCUUGUCGACAUAUGGGCAUGGUAGACGAGGGUCGCCAAUAUUUUGAUUCCAUGGUGAAAUCGUACAGCAUUGAACCCAAUUUAAAACACUAUGGGUGUAUGGUCGACUUACUCGGGCGUGCAGGAUUGCUCAAAGAAGCUGAAAAUCUCAUCCAGACUAUGCCCAUGGCUCCAGACGUUCCCACCUGGGGGGCUUUGCUCGGAGCUUGCAAAAAGCAUGGUGACAGUGAAAUGGGAGAGCGGGUUGGAAAAAAACUCCUCGAGCUUCAGCCCUACCAUGACGGGUUUCAUGUCUUACUGUCCAACAUAUAUGCUUCAAAGGGAAACUGGGACAAUGUGGAGGGCGUGAGAGGUGCAAUGAUGCAACAGGGUGUGGUUAAAACCCCCGGGUGCAGUAUGAUUGAAGCCGAUGGUAUCGUUCAUGAAUUCUUUGCAGGAGGAGACAAGUCUCACCCCAAGUCAAAGGAAAUAGAAGUAAUGCUAGAUGAAAUGGUGAAUCGGUUGAAAACUAUGGGCUAUAAUCCAGGAACAGAAGAGGUUCUUCUUGAUAUUCAAGAAGAGGAAAAAGAAAGUAGUCUAUUCAGACAUAGCGAGAAGCUUGCAAUUGCGUUUGGGCUCAUUUCAUCUCUUCCGCCAGCACCAAUAAGAAUAAUGAAGAACUUGCGUAUCUGUAGCGAUUGCCAUUCUGCAGCUAAACUGAUUUCCAAAGCGUAUAACCGCGAAAUUGUGAUCAGGGAUAGGCAUCGCUUUCAUCACUUCAAGGAUGGUUCUUGUUCUUGCAUGGAGUUCUGGUAAGGUUUUUGACUUGGCUCUGUUAUAUAAUCUGCAGAACAUGAUAGAUUGAUAGAUACAGUAAUGAGAGUAAAUUUCUAACAAUAACUUCUUUUGAAUUGUAACCUUAAACAUUUGUAACAAAUAACAAAUUCCAUCAA